AUGGCCGACCAACAAGCGAACCGUUCGGCGGCCCCAGCCCCCUCUGGAGGCCCCGCGGCCGCCGCCGCCGGUCAGCAACCCGCCGCCGAGAAGAUGGAGACCGACCAGGAGGAGCAGCUCGACGAGGAGAUCCUCAAGAUGGCCCCCGAGGACCUGAAGAGCCGCUCGCAUCUGCUGGAGAGCGAGAUUCGCAUCAUGCGCUCUGAUGUGCAACGCAUCAGCCACUCGGUGCAGACACUGAAGGACCGCAUCAAGGAGAACAACGAGCGGAUCAAGGUGAACAAAACGCUGCCGUACCUCGUGUCGAACGUCAUCGAACUGCUCGAGCUCGAGGAGAAUGUGGAGGAAGAGGGCGCCAACGUCGAUUUGGACGCUCAUAAGACAAAAUGCGCCGUCAUCAAGACUUCCACUCGCGCCACCUACUUCUUGCCGGUCGUCGGCCUCGUCGACCCCAGCGAGCUGAAGCCGGGCGACCUCGUCGGUGUCAAUAAGGAUUCCUACCUCGUGCUCGAGAAGCUGCCCGCCGAGUACGACUCCCGUGUCAAGGCGAUGGAGGUGGACGAGCGGCCGCAGGAGCAGUACUCCGAUAUCGGAGGCUGUGACAAGCAAAUUCAGGAGCUGAUCGAGGCCGUCGUGCUGCCAAUGACGCACAAGGACCGCUUCAUCAACCUCGGCAUCCACCCACCAAAGGGCGUUCUGCUCUACGGGCCUCCCGGCACCGGCAAGACGAUGAUGGCCCGUGCCGUCGCCGCGCAGACCAAGUCGACCUUCCUGAAGCUGGCCGGCCCGCAGCUCGUCCAGAUGUUCAUCGGUGACGGCGCGAAAUUGGUCCGUGACGCGUUCGCGCUCGCCAAGGAGAAGGCGCCGGCCAUCAUCUUCAUCGACGAGCUCGACGCCAUUGGCACGAAGCGUUUCGACUCGGAGAAGGCCGGUGACAGGGAGGUGCAGAGGACCAUGUUGGAGCUGCUCAAUCAACUCGACGGCUUCCAGCCCAAUGAUGACAUCAAGGUGAUCGCGGCCACAAAUCGUAUCGACGUGCUCGACCCGGCCCUCCUGCGUUCCGGCCGUUUGGACAGAAAAAUCGAGCUCCCGCACCCGAACGAGGAAGCCCGUGCCCGAAUUAUGCAGAUCCACUCGCGCAAGAUGAAUGUCCACAAAGACGUCAACUUCGAGGAGCUCGCCCGCUGCACCGAGGACUUCAACGGGGCCCAGUGCAAGGCCGUCUGCGUCGAAUCGGGUAUGAUCGCGUUGCGCCGAGAGGCGCUCGAGAUCCUCCACGAAGACUUCAUGGACGCCAUCCUCGAGGUGCAGGCCAAGAAGAAGUCGUCGCUCAACUACUACGCC